GAACUGGAUGCAGCUUACUUAGUUUCUAGUCGGACAGAAUAAAGUACGGAAACCACACAGCCACGUAUGAAAAGGCGAAGCUCGCAAAAGUGCUCCUGGACACCAACAAUCUCUAAGCUGGCGUGCCUACUCCCACAACUGUUUUGUGAGACCUUUUUUCCAAAAGGGCAAUAGCAGCACCGUUACUGCCGAGUUUGGAAACUCAUCAGUCACAAUCUGUUCAGAUGGAAACCACUACUUAUCAAGGAGAACAAGUUAUACAAUCCGAAGACAAUAUAGCCUCUUCUGUGGAUAAUCAAACACAACAAGGGUUGGAGAACCUGCAGAACAUAAAGAGGGAUCUUCUUAAUGGUCCUGUUAAGUCAGAUGUGGUGCCAAAUGGAGAUGGACUGGCAGAGGGCUUCAGUGCUUCAGGGGACAUCCAUUUAAAUGGGUCCGUUCCUCAGAUAGCCCCUCCCGUGAGCGCGAGCUCCCCUGUCAACACCCAGACCCAAGAGCCCUCCCCAGGUGUGGCUGCUUAUCCACCCUUGAUGCUAGAGAAGUCUGAGGGGGCUAGUUCUGAUGUCACGGUUCACACAGGGGAUGCAUUGCAGUCCCUCAGACUGAGUAUGCCUAUGCAGGAGACUGAAUUGUCCAACCAGAAACCAUCUCUGGAAAUGGAGAACGAGGAGAAGAUUCGCCUAGAGGCUCGCCGGCGUCUUGAGGAGCAGCUCAAACAGUACAGAGUACAGAGACAUAAGGAGAGAUCUCAUCGUGUUGCCACCAAGAGCAGGCCAUUCAGUACCCUGGAUCCAGAGCUCAUGCUGCAUCCUGAGGCUCUGCCCCGGGCCAACACCGUUGCAAUGACCAAGGAGUACUCCUUCCUGAGGACAAGUGUGCCACGAGGCCCCAAACUGGGAAGCUUAGGAAUUCCCCCUUCCAAGGAGAGGAAGUCAAAGUCACCUCGCUCCAGCAAGAUCCAUUCCUUGGCUGAUUACAAAUCUCCUGAAAAUGAUGGUGGUGGUGGUGGUGGUGGUGGAGGAGGAGGCGGUGUAAGGACAGCAGAUAAGAGCAUGAGCUCCAUCCAGUCCAGUAUAAGUUCAGUUUCCACAGUGUCUGAGGUCAGCGUAAUGUCAGAAGGCAGCACGUAUGAGACAGAGCCAGAGCCUGGUGCGUCAUUCCCAGUCGGAGACAACAUCUCAGAAGUUGAUGGCAGUGAAUCAGGAGUAAGGCCGGGGAACGACAGUAAUGACAGUGACAGCUCAUCUUACAGCAGCGUGUCUGCCAGGGGGGUGUACGGCAUGCUCUCUGCAGCAGUGGAAAGACAACGGGGACCCUACUCCGUGGAUGGAAGGGAAAUCGCUCCUGAGGCUGUAGGUCAGUUUCCUUCUCUGCAGGAGGUGCUGCAGGCAGCCAGUGAAGAGCAGCAACUGCUGGAGCAGGAGAAGGAAGGAGCAGCAGAGCCUCGUAGCCGCAGGGACAGUUUUUCCAGCAGUGUUUCAUUGGAAAGUUCAGUGAUGGGCAAUGAUGAAAUCCUCCAAGUGCUGAAAGAGAAGAUGAGACUUGAGGGCCAGCUGGAAUCUUUGUCGUCUGAGGCCAAUCAGGCCCUCAAAGAAAAGACAGAGCUUCAGGCCCAGCUUGCGACAGUAAAUGCACAGCUACAAGCUAAGGCAGAGGAAGCUCAGGUCAGCAAGGACAAACAGACUGCACUAAACACAGAGGUUAGCACUUUGCGACAGAACUGCAGCCAGCUGGAGAAGGCCAUGAUGGAGCUUCAGGGAAGUCUAGAGAGCAAAAGUGCUGGUCUAACUUCUCUAAGCAACGACCUGAAGGUGGCUGAAGACCAAUACAACAGGCUGAUGGGGAAGGUGGAGGAGAUGCAAAGUACCAUCAUGUCCAGGGACACAACUGUUCAGGAGUUGCGUCAGCAAAUGGGUGGUCUUCAGAACCAACUUCAGCAGAUCCAGCUGGAGCGCAGCACUCUGCAAAGCCGACUAAAGACCUCCCAGGCUGAAAUUGACUCACUCCAGCAGGUCAGACAGUGGUAUCAGCAGCAAUUAGCUCUAGCCCAGGAGGCAAGAGUUCGACUGCAAAGUGAAAUGGCCAACAUGCAGGCUGGACAGAUGACUCAGAUUGGUGUCCUGGAACAUUUAAAGUUGGAGAAUGUGACACUAUCUCAUCAACUCACUGAGACCCAGCAUCGAUCCAUCAAAGAAAAAGAGCGCAUUGCUGUUCAGUUGCAGAGUAUUGAGGCUGACAUGCUCACACAGGAAGCUGCUUACAAACAGAUUCAAGAUGCAAAGACCAUGGUGGAAGACGACCUACAGCAUAAACUGGGGGAGUUUGAGGAGGAGCGAGAACGCCUAAUAAAACUGGCAAACACAGCCAGCACUCUAGAAAGGGAACUAGAACAGGUGAAGUUGACCCUUUCCCAGAAGGACAUGCAGCUGCAGUCACUCCAGAAAGAACAUCUGGAGCUGAUGCGGCAGCUGACCACCACUCAGGAAAAUCUUCACACCAAAGAGCAGGCCAUUAACCAGCUAGAGGCUCGAUAUCUGGAGCUGGAGACCCAGCUGGCUGAGCUGCAGACAGAGAGCAACGUCAAGGACGACAACAUCCAGUACCUCCAGAACGAGAAGAUUGUCCUGGAGGUAGCGCUGCAGGCAGCCCGGGCCGACAAGAGUCAACUAGAUGAUGGUGCUGAGCGGCUUGGAGAGGGCGUCCUGGUGGCGUCUGAUGUUUUAGAUCAGCUCAGGCAGGAGGUCCAGAUCAAAGCCAGUCAGAUCGAAAGUUUACAACAAGAGAACUGUUCCCUGAAAAAACAAACUCAGAAACUGAAAGAGCAGUUCCAACAACAAAAGGUGAUGGUGGAAGCAUAUCGUCGUGAUGCCAGCUCCAAAGAGCAGUUGAUCACUGAGCUCAAAUCCACCAAAAAACGUUUGCUGGCGGAAGUGAAGGACCUGAAGCAAGAGCUGUUGGACGUUCAAGGAGAGAAACAGAAGGCAGAGUUGGAGCAGGGCCGUCUGCAUAAGGAGAUGGUGAGAGUCCAGGAACAGAUGAGUAAUAUGGAGGCCCAUCUGCAAGCAAUUCAGCGAGAACGGGAUCAACUAGAAACUCAGAUCCAGUCUCUACAGUUUGACCAGAGCCAACUAGCAGCCGUAACACAAGAGAACGAGGGCCUGAGGAAACAGGUGGAGCAAAUGGAGGCUGAAGCCAAAAAAGCCAUCUCGGAGCAGAAGGUGCGCAUGAAGCGGCUCGGGACAGAUUUGUCCAGUGCACAGAAGGAGAUGAAGGCUAAGCACAAGGCUUAUGAGAAUGCUGUGAGCAUCCUGAGCAGGAGACUCCAAGAGGCCCUGACUGACAAGGAGACAGCUGAGGCAGAGCUGGUCAAACUCAAAGCCCAGGUGUCAGAUGGGGGGAACAGCCAGGCCUUACAGAAAAAGAUUCAGGCGUUGCAGGCUGAGCUUCAGGCUGUGACCAAUAGCAAGACAAUGCUAGAGAAGGAGCUGCAGGAAGUGAUCACCCUCACUUCCACAGAGCUAGAAGAGUAUCAGGAGAAGGUCUUGGAGCUUGAGGAUGAGCUUCAAGAGUCACGAUGCUUCAAGAAAAGAAUCCGAAAGUUAGAAGACGCCAACAAGAAGCUAGCACUUGAGCUGGAGCAUGAAAAAGGGAAACUGGCUGGGUUAGCACAGUCUCACAGUGCACUGCGGGAGCACACCAACAUUUUGGAGUCUGCCUUGGCUAAGAGAGAAGCCGAUCUUGUCCAGCUCAAUUUACAGGUUCAAGCUGUUUUGAAGCGUAAAGAAGAAGAGGACCAGCAAAUGAGGCAGAUGGUACAAACCCUACAGCUUGCCUUGGAAAAAGAACAAAACAAAGUGAAGGAUCUAAAGGAACAGGUGGCAGCAGCAAAAGCUGAAGCAGCUCACAACAGACGCCACUACAGGGCAGCCAUGCUGGAGCUGUCAGAGAUUAAAAAGGACCUGCAAUCCAAGGAGGACCUGGUUAAGGCUCUGCAGAGCGAAGCUCUGAAAUUACAGGCUCAAGAUAAGCAACACACUCAGGAGGUCUCCAAGUUCCAAGAGGAGCUGGCCGAGGCUCACUCACAGCUUCAGAUCCUCCAGAAACAGCUGGAUGAGGAACUGGCUAAACAGCCUCUCACUAACCAAGAGGUUGAGGACUUAAAGUGGGAGGUGGAGCAGAGGCAGAGGGAGAUUGAAUCUCAAAAACAGCAAGUGGAGAUGAUGGAGCAGUGCCACCAAAGGGAGCUGGACAACCUACAGACAGCUCUGCAGAACAUUAAAGUAGAGCUGGAGUCAGUGCAGGAGGAGUUGAGCGGCACAAGGAAGGACAAGUUUAUUCUACAGGCAAAAGUGGGUGAGCUGAGGAACAGUAUGAAGACAGUCCUUCUGCAAAAUCAGCAGCUGAAACAGGAUCUCAAGCAAAGCCGCCUGAGGAAGCAGCGCAUGGAGUUGAAGACUGAGGGAAAUCCAUCCAACCCUGUGACGCCUGUCAAGAUCCCAGAUUGCCCAGUACCUGCUUCCCUGUUGGACGAGCUGCUAAAACCAUCAGCUUCUGUAAACAAGGAGCCUCUCAACAAUCUGCACAACUGUUUAAGGCAGCUCAAAGAAGAGAUGGACAGCCUUCAAAAGCAAAUGGAGGAACACACAGUUACAGUUCACGAGUCCAUGAGCUCAUGGACAAACACUGAGGAACUUUCUCAACCCGAGCAUCAAAGCAGCCUCCCCCAAUUAUCAACGUCGCUAAAUAACAUGGUGGUAGAAAAUAACAAUGAAGUGGAACAGCAGCAAUCCUAACAGAAGAACUCAUCUCAGGCCAGUAGAGGGAGAGUGGAGUUUUAUCCACGAGGGCCCUUUUUAGCCCAUUUCUCUUUCUCUUUUCUUAACAAUUGCAGCCAACAUUUGGCACCUUGCAUAGCACAGCAGUGCAUUCGCAGAGUAAUAAGAUAUCUACCAUAGCUUUAUUAAUUUCCCUUUUUUUUAUUGUUGUAUAUAUUUUUGUUAUGCUGUUUUCACAUUUAUUUAUUUACACUUAAAGAAUAACAACUUUCAAUUUGCAAGACUCUCCUCAUUUAUUGUUCUGUUAAUGUAGAUACAGGUUCAGCCAACGGUUCUGUGCUAAGUAGACUGGUGGCUUUUAUGCUGCUUAAUGAUGCUGACAUGAUUAGUGUUUUGGUCACUGAAACAGGCCGAGAGUCUGCCACCACACUGGCUAUAAACGGGUCUACAAUUUUUUAAUUUUAUUUUUAUUUUUUUGUCGCUUAUCUGUCAUUUUUACUAUUGUUUUACCUCCAUGCAGAUUCAAGGGAGCUUAUGGUGAAACACCUUCAAUAGUCUUUCAUGAGGUUGUGGUCAAUUUGUUAAAAUGCAGUGUUUCCAAUGUUUGUUGUUACCACAACGUUGGGAAAACGUUAAUCCCAGUUACGUAUGGAGGUGUAUGGUUUAGCAUGGACUACAGUCAUUUGUAUGCAAAACAAAGCCUUAAGCAGUCUUUAAUAUGCUGUUAAGGACUAAGAUGGUUUGGAUAAGUGUGUGCGUGCGUGCUUGUGUGUAUGCAAAAUGUAAUAUGUUAAUAUUGUUAAAGUGGAUCAGUUCAACUGAUGUUGCACACUAAAUGAUCAGAACUAUACUGACAGAGAGAGAAGGUUUUGACAGCAGUGUGCUAUCAGAUGUGUUCACUUUCUGUUGUUACAUUUAGUACAUACUCUAUUUACCAAAAAAUGACUACCCUGAAUCAGAUGUGUUGCUUGUUGUGUGGCUGUUUAAUGCCUGAGGGGUUAAAGUAAUUGUUUCCAGAGGUUAAUAUAUAAAUACGCUUCCUUUUUUUGUUAUUGUAAAUUCAUCCUGUUUGUUUAAUAGUGUCAAGAACAUGAAAAUUCAAUAUAUAAAAUGCAAACCAUAAUGCCAAACUGUAAUUUUGGACAACCUGCACUAGCAUCUAUGUAGGUACAGUAGCUUUCUGCAUGGAACUGUGCUGCAGCAGCUGUGCUGACGCUCAUUCGCACAUGUAUAAUAAAAACAAACAUUGUAUGCUUGUGAAUUUCCCCAAGGGACAAUAAAGGGAGGCGGAUGCAUAUUGCAGUUAAAAACAGGCAUUGAUAUAUUGUUCUAAAACAUCUUUCAGACUGUUUAUAAACAGCCUUUCACUAACAUUGAUUGUAAUUAUAUUUUGGGCACCUCCUCUAUGCAUAAAAUUUACUGUAUACUUUCUUUUCAGAAUAGGUUUGACUAAUUCCAGUUUUAACAUUUGUGUUGGGAGAUGUGAUUGUAUUUAUCAUAAAAUUGCACUAUUCAAUCA